AGAUGAUUAGAGACAACAAGAGACUGGAGAAUGUGUGGUUGUACUGUGAGCACCAAGGAUCAAAAGCCCUGCUCCAGAGGGGAAGCCCAUCCUGCAGGACCCCCUCCAGCAACUUCCCUGUCUCCAAAGAUGCUGAAAAGCAUCCCGAUAUCCAAACAACUGUCUUCUGUGAAAGCUCUGGGGAAAGGCUCAGACCUGGAGAAAGCCUUUGCUACUGCAGCUCUGAUUUAUAAUAACUCUUCUGACCCAGAUGGUAAACUCAGUAAAUCUGUUGCCAAAAACUUACUGAAGACCCAGUUUACGAGUUUCAUCCAGGGACAAGAAAACAAACCCAAGUACAAAGAGAUCCUUUCUGAGCUUGAAGAGCAAACAGAGAAUAAAUUGGGUUUUGAAGAUUUCAUGAUCUUGCUCUUAAGUAUUACUCUGAUGUCAGAUCUGCUCCAAGAAAUCUGGACACCAAAAAUCACCAGGUGAAAUGGCACAUCAGAAUGGCUAGACAACACCCAGGCAGUAGAACAUGGUGAUAAAGGGUGCUACCACCUUUGAUCAAUUGCAAAUUUAAGCCUGUUGUAAAAAAAAAAACCCUCCUUAUGGAGCUAGGUUCUGUUUCAUAUCAGAUCCAUCUCUCAUACCCACAGUGUUACAUCACACUUCUCUCUCCCUUUAGCAGUAAAAGUCUGAAGGUGACCUCUAGCACCAACUGGUUUCUAGCAGCCUGGUUUCCAAGAGUACUCUAUUGUAAGUCACUUUCUCCUGAGUUAUAGGGAAAGAGGGCUAGUUUGAAUUAGAGGGCCUGAGUUUAAAUUCUUUCUGCCUUUUCUCAUCCAUAAAAUCAGGAAGCUAGACUGGACCGGAAAGGUCCCUUCCAGAUUUAGACCUGUGGGCUUCCUUUGUUAGCAUGAUAGAUUUUCACCUCGGCUUCACCAAAAGCUACGGGCAUUGGUAGCGCAGAGGAGAAUGCCCCUUCACCAUGUGCUAGUGAAGGCUCUGGGCACAAGUGUUCUUGUCACUUUGUGUUCUAUUGCAGUACUUUAUAUAUCUAACACCAGAGGAUAGCUGAGCCUAUAGGAGACUACACAGUUGCCUCCAGGCUCCCUAACUUAGCUUGAAGAAAUAUAAAUCACAUUAUAGGGAGAAGGCACCUUAAACUUUUUCUGAAUUAAUACCUUAUUAAAUGGCACCAGGAAGUCUAAGUUGAUUAGUCUCCAGGUUGGAGUCAGAGAUUAUGUCCAUAUAGCACAACAGGGAAGGGGUGAACAGGGCUGAGAUGAUCUAGUUUAUUAGACUCUUGUCAUUAGCUAUUCUGAAUAAUUCAGACCUAAAAUAAUUGAGUUAGUUUUUUUUUCUUUUAAAUCUGAACUAUCCUGACCAACUCUCCACACAACCUGGUUAACCAGGCAGUUACAAUGUUCCUCCUCCUCCCAAGAGAGGAAACAGCUUCUGUAAUGCAGGAAAUACUUUGAUUGUAAAAACUGUCUUUUGUGAAACUGAAUGUUUAGUUAUUAACCUGGUUUUGUUUGCUUUCUUUUGUCAUUUACUGAGGGCAGUGGCUCCAAAAAGAAUGGAAUACAGCAACAAUAAACAUUUA